AUAAACAAAAAGGUGUAGCAGCCACUGGCAGUGUGUAUAUGUGUACCCCGAAGGCAUCCCUCACUACAGUUCCCAAAACCCAACCAAAGCAAGCGAAGCUCCUCUGAAAGUAAAUGGCAGGCCAGGGAGGAGAUGCAGCGAAGCCAAAACAAGACCAAGAAGAAAAACCAAGAGAAGACAAGCUCCUCUCUUCUUAUUUAGGCCUGAGUUUCUCUCUUUUUUUAGCGAUUCUGCCUCCAAACUCCAUUUCCUUAAUACCAAACCUCCAGACCCAGAUCAGAAACCUCUCAAUACGCCUUUUACAAGCAGAAGAACAGCUAAAACAAAUGAAGUCAAGGAGAAAAGAGGACUCAAAAGCAAAUGCAAGAGUUGUGGAGAUCUUUGCUAGCCACAGGAAUGCCUGGCAAGCUGAAGAGAAGAGGUUGCUUCAACAGAUCGACUUUGCAAGUGAAGAAGUGUCUUCAUUAAGAGCUAAAUUUGAAGACUUUGAGAGAGAGAAGGAAGAGUGGCAAGGAAAGAUUCAAGAUUUGGAGAGAGAGGUUGGUGAGAGAGAGGAAAUGAUUGGGUUUAUGUCACGAAAUGCUGUUGCUGGUGGUAGUGAGUUUGUGGGCGGUGAGGAGGAAUCUGGUAGGUGUGGGAGUGGGGAAUGUUAUGGUGGAGAGGAAGAGGAGGAGGAGAAUGCCAAUUUUGUUUAUGGUCAACAGUAUUAUAAGCAUUUACUGCAUCAGCAGCAGCAAGGGAGUGAUGGAGGUUUCAGUUCUGAUUUAUUAGCUUCUGCGUCUAAGUUUUGGAGCGAGACAGCUAGUACUCUCUGGCAGGAUGUACAAUAUGAUUCCCAUGAAUCACUCUAUCACAUGAAACAUUUUGUAGCAAGAAGAGAGUCCCCGUGGAAGGUAGAUGGUGAUUCAACAGGUGUGUCCUCUAAGUUAAAAUUACUCGAAGAGGAACUUCUAAAUUUGGAAAAAGUUGGAAAAACAGAUAUAUCAAAGGUUCCAUCGCUAAUGAGGAAGCAGGCAAAGAGAUAUCAAGCUCUAGCAGGAAAGAUUGAUGAUCUUUGCGGAAGAAUGGUGCAUGGUCACAAGGAAAUUAUUUAUUCUUAUUUGAGAACAAAAAUUCAAGCUAGUGAUCCAUGUGAACCUACACUCGGUCCAGAAUUUCGAACACAGAGGCAGACAGAGUUUUUGCUUGAAGCAUUUCGGCUCAAGGAACGGGCAUCUGAAACUGGACAGAAGCUGUUGGCAUUACAAAAUGAGAUCAGUAAGAGCUACUCUGGGGACGAGGUGGGGAGCCAGGCCAAGCUCACCACGAGACGUUCCUUCGAGGCCAUAAGGAACAAUUUAAAAGAAGUUCAGAGAAACUUGGAAAUAUGGUUGGCCAGAAUUAUUGGAGAUCUUAAAGGGAUUCUGGCCAGAGAUGGUGCCUCUUGUCAACGUGAAUAUUAUAUUUCUAGGUAUCCUUUUGUUCAAUAGAAUCUUCUGACUGGUAGUCUCGAGUACUGAUCUAACUGAAAUAUAUUAGCCCUUUCUGGUAAAUAUGCUGAUCCAAGGCUUGAAAAUAGCAGUCAGCAGUCACAUGGAAAUAUGAUCGUUCCACUAUGUUUAUGGCA